AUGCUGCUCCUCGCUGCUCUCCUGCUGCUCCAAACCUCUAAAGACGUCGUCUCCAGUCCUCUACGGGAAGCCAAAAAAGCAGAGGACUGGUUCACCAGAGCGUUGAUCUACAUGGAGUCAAACCCCGAGACUUUAGAAGAGCUGAUGAACCGAAACUCUGCGCUGCUGCAGGGAGACAUGAUGCUGAACACGGACAGGAACGCCGUGGAGAGCACGUGGCCGACGCCAGAGAUCCCGUACGUCAUCAGCUCAGACUUAGAGAGCCGGACGGACGACAUCGUGUCUGCGAUGUCGAUGGUGUCUGAACACACGUGUGUGUCCUUCCACACGAGAACCUCUGAGACCAACUACCUGCUGUUCGUCAACAGCAAGGGGUGUCGUACGUACGUGGGCUUCAUUGGCGGCGAGCAGCCCAUGUUCAUCGGGCCCCCGUGCAGGGUGGGAAACAUCGUCCACGAGAUCCUUCACGCGUUGGGUUUCCACCACGAACACACGAGGACGGACCGCGAGCAGCACGUCUCCAUCCUGCAACACAACAUCAUGGACGGGAUGGAGAGAAACUUCCAAAAGCAACAAGGUCAAACCUUCGACCUUCGUUAUGACGUCAAAUCGAUCAUGCACUACGGAAGCGGCUUCUUUUCCGCGAACGGUCUGCCCACCAUCGUGGCCAAAAGCGAUGUGAAGGGGAUGGGACAGAGAGACAGAAUGACCGAGACGGACGUCCAGAGAGUUCGCCGUCUCUACAGCUGUGACGCCCCGAAACCAGAGACGGAGGAGAAGGAAGAGAAAAAAAGCAGUGAAGUGAAGAAAGAGGAGGAUAUCAACACGCCUUUGUUCCAGGACGAGGCGUCCGCACACCGAGGUCAGGUCACGUCUGCUCCUGCGUCUCCGUCCGUCUCCCUGCAGCUCCGGGACGCUGCCACCAGAGGACACACCGACACUUAGACUCAGCUCCGACUGACGUUUAUCAUGAAUAAAACCCAAAAAUGCAUCCCACACCUGUCCUCACUGCUGUCAC